CCAAAACAUGUCCUAUCGUUCAGCAGCUUGAGACAAUUGUCAGCAUUUUGUUUGUAUCGAACACUCACAGGUUCACUGGCAAUAGCAUCAGUCGAGUCUGCUACAUACUGAGGAAGACGAAUCUUCCUGUUUUGCCAAAAAGGAUUGCUUUCUUUGUUGCACUGCUAGCUUCCCGCUCCUUUCCCUUUCUCGUUCUAUUGUUAGCACGUGGGAUCUGCGAUAUCCUUCAUCAAAACACUCUUCACACUUGCGGUAAACAAGAUCCACAAUGCAGGCAAUUCGAAGCUUCGCAACAGUCUCGCCUGUGAGCAGCCUGGCUCGCAGCCACAAAAUCGUCGUGGUAGGCUCUGGCUCAGCUGGUAUUGCUCUCAGCCACCAGCUUCUUCGAAAGGGCAAUUUCAAACAGGAUGAUAUUGCCAUUGUCGACCCCGCGACAUGGCAUAAUUACCAACCGGGAUGGACGCUUGUUGGCGGUGGACUGAAGAACAAGGAAGAGCUACGACGACCCCUUGACAGCCUGAUGGACCCCAAAUUCAAAUUUUACAACAAAUCCGUCGGAUCCAUCUCUCCAGAGCAAAACGAAGUAACCCUCGGCGACGGUAGCAAAGUCAGCUACGAACAGCUCGUCGUCGUCCCCGGCGUCUUCGUUGACAAUGGAAGUGUCAAAGGAUUGCCCGAAGCUCUCGCCAACCCAGAUGCGCUUGUAUCAACAAUCUAUGACUACAACUACUGCGACAAGGCAUUCCAAUCCAUCCAGAAGUUCAAAACCGGCAACGCCAUCUUCACCCAACCCGCGGGCGUCGUCAAAUGCGCUGGCGCUCCGCAGAAGAUCAUGUGGCUCGCCCUCGAUCACUGGAAGCGAGCAGGCCUCUACAAGUCCGGUGAUGGAUCACCCAUUAACAUCACCUUUGCGACCGGUCUCCCAGCCAUGUUCGGCGUCCCCAAGUACAGCGCCAAGCUCGAAGAGCUCCGCGUGCAAAGAGGCGUCGAGGGCCUUUUCGGUCACGACCUCAUUUCCAUCGACGGCAACACGGCCACGUUCACUGGCCCGGAGCAGAAGGAAGUCAAGAAGCACUUCGACUUCCUCCACGUAUCUCCCAAGAACAAGCCCCACGCAUUCAUCAAGGAGAGCGGCCUCGGUAACGAGGCUGGCUACGUGGACGUCCACGACAACACCACCCAGCACAAGAAAUACGCCAACGUCUGGUCGAUCGGCGAUGCCUCCAGUCUCCCUACGUCCAAGACCGUCGCCGCCAUCACUUCCCAGGCACCGGUUCUCGUCUCCAACUUACUCCAAGUCGCGGAGGGUAAGGAGCCCAGCGCUGAGUACGACGGGUACACGUCUUGCCCUCUCUUGACCGGAGAGGACAAGGUUCUUCUCGCGGAAUUCAAGUACGGGGGUGUGCCGAAGGAGACGUUCAACGCUAUGUUCGGCAUUGAUCAGAUUGAGCCCAGGAGAGCGUUCUUCCAUCUCAAGAAGGACUUUUUCCCUUGGGUGUACGGAAAGUACCACGUCAAUGGUACUUGGGGUGGUCCCAAGGGCUUCAUCAAAUGAUUAAGUCUCGAACUCGACACGUUAGAUUAUUGCCUUAUACCAGCAAGGGUGGGGGGAAAAGUCCAAAAUCACCUGCGAAAUGAAGAUCAGGUUUUGCUUUGCUUCCUUUUCUUGUCAGAUUACUUUCAUCCAUAUACCACUAUUUCGAUAGAGAAACAAAUUGUGAUCUACAUUGGUCGCUUUCAAGAAUGCAUCUAAACUACAUGUAGUCACACGACUCUACUAUCAUUCUCUUAAUUUUUGGCAUUGCUAGGCUAGCUGUAGUCUUUAUACUCUACUGUUACAUUCUGGGACAACGAGGGUAGAAACGACUGGACUACCCCCGCCGUAGUGUGACACGACCAGGUCACGCCUGUGUAAGGAGGCAAUCGGCGGAGAGGAAGGAUUAGGUAGGUAAUCACACCAGCGAGAUAGAUAGAUCCCUGGUUCCAACCAACCUACCGACAAUCAACUUUCCUCCUCAUUACUAUAGUGAUAGGACGUU